AUGUCCAGGAAGAAGACCCCCAAGACCAAGGGGGCCAGCGCGCCCGCUGCCUCCGCGCUGUCCGCCGCCAAUGGGUCCCGGCCCGCGCGCCCUGGGACUGCGCGACCUGUCCCCCAGGCGCGGCCCAACGGGCCCCCGCAGCCCGGCCGGCCCUCGCUUGGCGGGGGCGACUUCUACGACGUCGCCUUCAAGGUCAUGCUGGUGGGGGACUCAGGUGUGGGGAAGACCUGCCUGCUCGUGCGCUUCAAGGAUGGGGCAUUCCUGGCAGGGACCUUCAUCUCCACUGUGGGCAUCGACUUCCGGAACAAAGUUCUGGAUGUGGACGGCAUGAAGGUGAAGCUGCAGAUCUGGGACACAGCAGGCCAGGAGCGGUUCCGCAGCGUCACCCACGCCUACUACCGCGACGCCCAUGCACUGCUGCUGCUCUAUGAUGUCACCAACAAGGCCUCCUUUGACAAUAUCCAGGCCUGGCUGACCGAGACCCAGGAGUACGCCCAGCAUGAUGUGGUGCUUAUGCUGCUGGGGAACAAGGUGGACUCUGCCCAGGAGCGUGCGGUCAAGAGGGAGGAUGGGGAGAAACUGGCCAAGGAGUAUGGGCUACCCUUCAUGGAGACCAGUGCCAAGACAGGCCUCAACGUGGACUUGGCCUUCACCGCCAUUGCAAAGGAGUUGAAGCAGCGCUCCAUGAAGGCACCCAGUGAGCCCCGCUUUCGGCUGCACGACUAUGUCAAGAGGGAGGGCCGAAGCGCCUCCUGCUGCAUACCCUGAACUUGGGAGGGCCUUGCAAGGCUGGAUGGAGAUUCCAUAGCCCCCGCCCCCCAAUUCAGUCAUCCCGCACUCAAUCCUCGGAUAUCCGUUCCUGGGACUCCCAGACCGAGUCUUGCCUUUCCCAGAGGCUCAGGCCCAAGAGGCUGUAAGGAGCCAGUAGGUCUGCACCUCCCUUCACCUGCUGCUGCCUGAGGGCUUUGAAGGAAAAGGAAGGGUCUUGGGUACAGGAGGGAGCAGCCAUAGUCCCUCUGCUGCCCCCUCCUGGACAAGCCCUGCCUUGAGGCCGGGCCCCAGUGCCUAACCCCUAGAGAAAGCCUUGUCUUUGGCUGCACACGCUGUCCAGGCAGGGAAAAGCCAGGACUCCUGCCUGUGCCUGGGCCGAGGGCUGCACAGCAAACCAUACCAUGCAUUUGUGCCCCAAGAACCAGAGCCACCUGCUUCCAGCUCACACACUAGGAGACUCUGGUUCCAACGUCAACACAGACCUCCUUUCUUGCUACCUUGGAGAAUGCCAAGGUUGGGGCUUUGUAAUAGAGGAACAGCAUGUGGGAAAUCACAGAAAGUCAGGGAAACUAGAACUGCCAGCCUCACCGAGACCUUGCGUGGUGAAGUCAAGCCGGGGGCUGGUAGUGUGCUUCAUGUCGUACUCAAAUCUUUAAGUCUAUCUUCAGAUUAAUAAGCUUUGUUUUCAGUCCUAGUGAAUAAAGUUGUGUUUUCUGGC